AUCGGAUGAGUGAAACAAUUUGUGACACAAUCGAUGGUUUUUUGUGAAAUGUUCAGACACCGGUAAGAUGGCUGAUCGCUUCUUUCCGAACGACUUGCCACCAUUCGUUGCAGAGACCACACUUGAUGAAGAAGAAGAAGAAGAAGAAAAAGAAGCAACUCAUUCCCAACCACACUCUCUCACCUCACUCCUUUCUCUACCUUACCAAACACUCUCCACAAACCUCCAACAAGCAGCACUUCACUUUAAACAAUCGGUGGUGAGUGAGACAUGGGGUUCGAGUGGGAACCGUGUGAAGGACUAUACUCUCUACACGGGGGCUCUUGGAACAGCUUACCUGCUUUUCAAGGCUUACCAAGUAACCAAGAAUGUGGAUGAUCUUAACUUGUGCUCCAAGAUUGUUAAGGCUUGUGAUUCUGCUUCAAAAAAUUCAAGCCGUGUGACGUUCAUCUGUGGGCGUGCCGGUGUGUGUGCUCUUGGUGCUGUCAUAGCUAAGCACGCCGGUGAUGGGAGACUACUUGACUAUUACCUUAGACAAUUCAAAGAGAUUGAGCUACCUCAUGAUUUGCCCUACGAGGUAUUGUAUGGAAAGGCAGGUUACUUAUGGGCUUGUUCAUUCUUAAACAAGCAUAUUGGUAAAGACACAAUACCUACUGCUGACAUGAGACCGAUUGUGGAAGAAGUUAUAACAGCCGGUAGAAAAUUGGCUCACAAGGGAAGAUGUCCUUUGAUGUAUGAAUGGCAUGGGAAGAAGUACUGGGGUGCUGCUCAUGGACUUGCAGGCAUUAUGAAUGUUUUGAUGGGCAUGGAACUCAAGCCAGAUGAGGUGGAAGAUGUCAAGGGUACACUACGUUACAUGAUUAAGAAUCGUUUCUCGAGUGGCAAUUAUCCCUCCAGUGAAGGAAGUGAAUCUGACCGUCUUGUGCACUGGUGUCAUGGUGCUCCUGGAGUAACUCUUACGCUUGUGAAAGCAGUCGAGGCUUUUGAGGAUAAGGAAUUUUUGCAAGCAGCUGUAGAUGCUGGAGAAGUAGUAUGGAACAGAGGUCUUCUUAAGCGAGUUGGACUUUGCCACGGUGUCAGUGGGAACACCUAUGUCUUUCUUUCUCUGUACAGAUUGACAGGAAAUAAGGAGUACUUAUACAGGGCUAAAGGAUUUUCUUGCUUUCUACUUGACAGAGCACAAAAAUUGAUAGUCAAAGGAAAGAUGCACGGUGGAGAUCGCCCUUAUUCCUUAUUUGAAGGUCUUGGAGGAAUGGCAAAUACCUUUCUAGACAUGGUUGAUCCACAAGUGGCAAGGUUUCCUGGCUAUGAGCUCUGAGUCCCUUCAUAUAUGAAGCAACAUAUGUAUAUUAUGGAUGUAUAUUCUCGUCCCUGAAACCAACAUAUUUAGGAUUGCCAGGGAGAUGUAUUAAAUUUCGUAAAUAUGAAGAAAAACCUGCAACUGUGGAAGUGUGGUUUUUUAGUGUAAUAUGAUACGUUUAAGGAGUAAACUGUGGUGUUUGGGCGACUGUAGUGACUGUGUGUUUAUGCGUCUGCAGCUAAUUCGGAUUCAAUGUAUACUACCUUUGUUUUUGUUAUAGAUUAGUUUCUUAAAUGCUUAAAAAUAAGAGUGAAAUAUAUAAUUUUAUACAGAAAA